CAACGUUCCAAAAAAAAAUUGUUUUGAUUUUUGCCAAAACAAAUUGUGAAAUUGUGAAUUUUGAAACAAAAAUCAAUUAAACAAAUCAAUAAUGGAUCGUGAAGAUCGUCAAUUUGAAAUGGUUUUAGAUUCAUUACUUCAACGAAGUCAAGAUCUUAUGAAAGCAUUAUCAUUAUUUAUGAAUCGUACUGAUAAUGAACAAUUAGAAUAUAAUCAUUAUGCUGAUGCAUUUGCUUCAUUUCAAGGAUAUUUAAAAAAUAUUCUUAAAGUUGUACGAUCACAUAGUCAAAGUUUGGCCAUACGAACAGUAUUUCCAUUAAAAUUAUCACCAAAUGAUGAUGAAAUGUUGAUAAAUGCAACUGAAGGACGUCUUCGUUCAUUGAAUCAUGAUACAGCACCAAUAUAUCUACGAACUAAAUUGGAACCUGAGCUAGAAAAUCGUUUAAAUCUAUUUGCAACAAAAGGCAAUUCCAUUAAUAAUGAUCAAGCACAGAAACAAAUUCAAACGGCUAAUAAAAUUAGUCAGAAUAUGGUUGAUUUAAUACGAAGUCAUAAAGAAGAAUGGGAAAAUGAUAGCCGUAAUCCAAUGCCACAAACAUAUUUACAAACAGAUACAUAUCAAUUAUCGGCUGCUAUAUUUAAUGGUAAAGGUUUAAGAUCUGAUAUGAUUUCAUCGGGACAAAAAUUAUUAUCCGGAUCACAAAUGGGCAACAGUGGUGGAACAGGAUCAACGGGCGGACCAACCGGUGUUGCCAGUCCAUCAUUGACAACAAAUAUUGGUCAUCGAACGGCACCAGGAAAAGCACAGCCAAGUAUUAAAACACAAAUCAAAUCAGCAACAUCGAUUCAUCCAUAUCGAUAACUUUUUUU